GAGAAAGGGAGAGAGAGAGAAAGACAGAGAGAACUUUUAGUCAGGUUUGUUAUAUUUGACUAUGUGGAGGAGUGAAGUCAAGCUUGCACCUGACACUUUUUUGGAGUACUCAUAGCGCGCUAUAGGAUUGCCAAAACAAUGAUGUGAUAUAACGUGAUACCAUUGGAAAAUAACGGAAACGCACCAGAGAGAUGCCGCCAGAGGGAGUGAUUUUAACGGACCUAAUAACCGCCACAGCUCGCGCCACCGGGGACCGGAUGGAAUACAAACGGAAUAGUCUAUGAGUAGAAGUGACUCACCUUUUAUAAAGUCCGUUAUUUAUGGUGAGCGUACGAUCCGCUGUGCUACAGCACGUCAACACGUCAGAUAACGGUCACCUUGUCCUCGCCUGUAAAUGAAGAAGAUCUUAAAUUAGCCUGCUGAACAAACAUCGUCAAACUAAAAAAGGACCCAAGAUGAAUUAUGCGGUUUGGAUAUCGACUAUGUGGGACUAGAGAUGUGACUUCUCUCCUUUUUUGAAGUCAUAAAAGUUAUCAAGUAACCUAACGGAACACUCAACUAAGCUCUCAAGGUGAGUUCAGUUCACCAUAAUUGAAAAUGGUUCAAAUGAAUAUUUCAAUGAUUAAUAUACAUAGUAAGUGUAUGGAUUAUUGCUGUUUUUGGUGUCAAAUGUAAAGACUGAUAGCUUAAUUACAACUUUUUAAUAGCCCCUAUCUGUAGCCCCGCCCCGCACCAUGAUACCUUUUUAACAAAAGAAAGCAUUUUCUGUUGUCUUCCAAUGUUGAACUGUGUGUGUGUGUGUGUGUGUGUGUAUGUAUACUUGUCACUCAGCCUGUGUUGUGAGAACCCAGCGUUACAUUUAUAUAGGCCAACCCACUUGGCUGCUCGUUACUAUGGGAACCGUGGCCCUGGCUGGCUCAGGCUGAGUGGGCUGCUGAGGGCUGUGCUGUGUGUGUGUGUGUGUGUGUGUACAUGAGCUUCCAAGAUGGAGAAAGGACAUUACAUAAUAAUUAUAUAUUUGUGAAAUGAAAGAUGUACCAGGAACAGUUAGUUCCCUCUAACAGGAACUCAUUCAACAGUCUGUUAUGCUCCUGUACUGAAUAAUACAAUGACUAAACAAGUGAUAGCAAGAGACAGGCCAUUUUGGUGCUGUGUUCUGGACAUGAUUCAGUAACAACGUUUUCGUUCUCUCUCUCUCUCUCUCUCUCUCUCUCUCUCUCUCUCUCUCUCUCUCUCUCUCUCAGAUGGCCCUCAGUCCCGUCCUCCUCUUCCUCCUCUCUCUGAUUGGCUGCGGCCACUCCCAGGAUGACAUCAUCGACCCCGGCCUGGCCCCUCCCCCUCCUCUGGGUUGCGGUGUGAAUGUGGACCCCGUCUACCGGACGCUGUGUGACCUGGAGUCUGUGUGGGGGGUGGUGUUGGAGGCCGUGGCCUGUGGUGGAGCCAUCACCUCCCUGGUCCUCUCCGUGGUUCUCCUAGCCAAGCGUCACUCCGUCCUUGACCCAGAUCGGCGCUCUGGCCUGGGGCCUCUUCUCCUCCUGCUGGCCUCCCUCCUAGCUCUCUUCACCCUGUCCCUGGCCUUCCUGGUGGGGCGUACUGAGACCCUGUGUGUGGUCCGCCGGGUCCUCUGGGGCCCGCUGUUCGCCCUGUGCUUCUCCUGCCUCCUGGCCCAGGUGGUGCGGUUGAAGAGGCUGGUGUCUGGAAAGUCUAGCCCCAAAGGGAGCUCCCUGGCUGGGCUUGGCGUGAUCCUGGCCCUGGUCCAGGGGAUCAUCUCUGGAGAGUGGCUGCUGCUGACAGUGGUGAGGGAGGGCCACGGGGCCUGCGACUACCCACCGUUAGACUUUGCCCUGGUUUGCAGCUACGCCCUGGGGCUGCUCCUGACCGCGCUGGGCCUCUCCCUGGCUGUGGUGCUGUGUGGAGGGGACGGGGGAGAGGACGAGGCAGAGGAGGGGAGCGACGGAGGGUGCGAGCGUCGUUGGAAGUGUAACGCCGUAUGGCUCUUCCUGUCCUGCCUGGCGUCCCUGUUGCUAUGGGUCUCUUGGCUUGUGCUCUAUCUCUAUGGCGACGCUGCGUUGAGGGGGGCGCGGUCGGGUGGCGGGGGAGGGCGGCGACCGGACUGGGAUGAGCCGGUGUUGGCGGUUGCCUUGGUGGCACAAGGCUGGAUCCUCCUGUUAUUUCACGCUAUCCCAGAAGCCCACCUGUGUCUGAGGGACCCGCCAGCCCCCAGCCAGCACGACUACUUUGAUACCAGUCAGCCCCUGCAGCCCUGCUUCCAACAGGAGGUGCCAUUACCUACACACACACUUACACACAGGCCCUACGCAGAUAACCAGGCCUACUCUAUCGAGGAGCACAGCGCAGGUAUACUGUGUGUGUGUGUGUGUGUGUGUGUGUGUGUUGGUUGUGUGAAAGGCUAUGUGUGGGUUUAUGCAAAUAUUGUGUACAUGCAAAAAGGUUUAAGUCUAAAUAGAAGGAUUGUCUACAGAAAAAAAAAAAACUAUUAUUAUUGUACAGUGAAACCUGGCUAGUAACACUCCCUUUAUUUGUGUUUGCUCUCUCCCUGGGUGGUGUCUCAGCACUGAGAGGUGGGUCGUACCAUAACGGACACGGGGGGAUGCGUCCUGGGAUCCCCUUCAGAGGCCACAUGUACCAGCCCACUGAGAUGGCCCUGGUCAUGAACGGAGGAACGGUCAGUGUGUCUUAUCUCACACACACAAACGCACAAGCACCCAUGUACAUAUUAAAUUAUUGGUUAGAGCCCUGAGUGCUGAUUGGCUGAAAGCCGUGGUAUAUCAGACCUUAUACCACGGGUAUGACAAAACAUUUAUUUUUACUGCUCUAAUUAUGUUGGUAACCAGUUUAUAAUAGCAAUAAGGAACCUCAGGGGGUUGUGAUAUAUGGCCAAUUUACCACGGCUAAGGGCUGUAUCCAGGCACUCCACGUUGCGUCGUGCGUAAGAACAGCCCUUAGCCGUGGUAUAUUGGCCAUAUACCACACCUCCUCGUACAUUAUUGCUUAAUUAUAUUAUCUUAUAUUAUUACAUAUUACCUCAACUACCUCUUACCCCAGUACACUGACUCGGUACCAGUAUUCCUUGUAUAUAGCCUGUAUAUAGCGUUGCUAUUGUUUUUUAUUGUGUUACUGUUUUCUUUUUAUCUAUUUGCAAAUGUUCUUACUUUUUAACUGCAUUGUUGGGAAAGGGCUUGUAAGUCAGCAUUUCACGGUAAAGUUUACACUUGUUGUAUUGGGCGCAUGUGACAAAUAAUAUUUUAUUUUAUUUUAUUUGACACAUACACACAUAUACACACACACUAACCACUUGUCUGUCUGUAACAGAUGCCUUCUGCUCCGGUGAACUACACAGGGAGACAACUGUGGUGAGAGGGGAACCUUGGAACCAGUCUCCACGGCAACACGGCAUAUUAUGGUUCCGGAAUGCUCCGGAAUGUUUCCAAAUGUCACUCAUAACCCCAUCAAUGCCUCUACCUCACCUCACCAUUGUCUGUACAAAGCACUGCAACAAGCAAGUUACCCCCAGCCACAGAUCUAGGAUCAGCUCACCCUACCUUUUUAUACACUUUGGUCAUUGAGAGGCAAAGGGAAAAACUGAUUUGAGAUCAGUGCUCACAAGAAAUGUCACUCCUGGU